CUGAAACGUCAAAAGGGAGAUCUUUCCUCUUCCUUUAUCUGCCAUACCUGAAAACAUAUAUUGUCCAUCACAAAGAAAAUAAUAAGGCAAAACAUAAGAGGAGAAUCUUUUCCUCUUUACGGGCAAUAUGGGUCUGAGCUCAACUCCAAUACGUAGGAGGAGGAGUAACGAGUUGUAUCAAGAGAUGAUGGAGAAGAGACAGCUUUUCCUGAGAAGCUAUCAGUUCAGUAGGAAGAGGAGCCUCACGGAGAGGAUCAAGAGAUCGUUGAAGCGGGUCUUUUGGUUCGGGCUAAGGCUACGAUCCACUCAUAAAAUCAGCAAUUUUGUCUGGUCGAGACUCCGAUACCUCAUCUUAUACCGUAGGAAGAGAAGAUUUAUCCACCUCCUUAACAGUCAGAACCACACAUGUUUCGGCUGUUCUUGAUUUUCUUCUCUUUUGUAAUUUUCUUAUGUAUGACGCCACGAUGAUGAUUCCAAUAUCCGGUUGCUUGCCUGAAUGACAAUCAGAUAUUGUUGCAGAAGAUCCUCCAGGACAGAAGGUCAAGGAGCAUGUUUAUCUUUUGCAGGACAGAACACGUGGAUACAAACAACAGCUAAUUAUUUAAUUUUGGUCUGUUUCAGCAUCACUUUCUGUAGAGGCAUAUAUAUAUAUAUAUAUAUAUAUAUUCAUUCGAUGUAAACAUAUAUCAAUCAAUCUUAACGAAGAAGAAAGUAGGCUUGUAUCAGAUGUGAGCUGUUUCCAUUGAUUUUGAAUCCGAGGAACUAAUCUGCUGUUUCUCUGGGAGAUCAAUCAAGCAAAGCUGAAUAUUAAGAAAAUGCUAAUUUGUUUUCUCCA